CCAAAUGAAGCUCUGUUGUUUAUUCAGCUGCUGCCUACCGCAGCCCGAUGAGGAGUUGGAGGGCAAGACGGUGAGGUCAGAGGUCAAGGUGAAGACCAAAGGAAAGCAGCCAAAGAAGGACAGGGUGAACCCAAGUAAAAAGAAACAGAGGAAGGAGGCUAAGCGCCUAAAGAAGGACAUGGCCGAUAGAAAGAGAAAGGAGGAAACAGCUCUGAGAGAGCUUGAGUUGGCUGCCCCUGAGGCACAGCAAGCAGAGAUGCCUAUUCAUCCUGCUAAUGAAGCCGGGAAGGUGGAGAUCGCCGACACAAGCGUGAAUGCUACUCCAGCAGUUGUGGUGGAGAUGGCUAACGCUAGCUCAAAUGCUAUUCCAGCCUUUUUGGCUAGCUCAGAGGCUCCCCUCUUGGCAAGGCCAGUGUCCUGUCCUGACCUUGGGAGGUUUGAGUAUCUAACCCCAGCAGACAGACACCAGGGGGAGAGGAGAUGGAAGCUACAUGGCUGGUUUCAACAGAGGGAGGCUGCAAAAAAGAGGGCUAAUACUAGAAGCAGCCCAAACCUGACAUGUGACAUCAACACACCUCAGUUGGCCAUGGGGGAUGGGAAGAUCCCAUCUCAGGAGCUUGGAAAGGGGGACAGAGAGAUGCCCAUGUCUCAGAGGGCUAACGCUAGUCCCAGCCCAAACACUGACAGAACUGAAUUGGCCGAGGAGGACAGGAAGAGCCCGUCCCCAGUGCAGUGUACCUCACAGACUGGGCAACAUCAGAGUCUAACCCCAGCAGAGAAAGACAAGCUGGAGGAGAAGGCUAACGGCCCAAACACUGACAGAACUGAAUUGGCCGAGGAGGACAGGAAGAGCCCGUCCCCAGUGCAGUGUACCUCACAGACUGGGCAACAUCAGAGUCUAACCCCAGCAGAGAAAGACAAGCUGGAGGAGAAGGCUAACGGUAGUCACAGCCCAAACACUGACAGAACUGAACUGGCCGAGGAGGACAGGAAGAGCCCGUCCCCAGUGCAGUGCACCCCACAGACUGGGCAACAUCAGAGUCUAACCGCAGCAGAGAUAAAGCUGGAGGAGAAGGCUAACGCUAGUCACAACCCAGCCCUGGCAUGCGACACCAGGGGACCUGAACUGGUUGUGGGAGACGUGAGGCGCCCAUCUCAGGAUCUUAGAGACCGACACGGUGAGAGGCCCGUGUCUCUGCUGAGACGGGAUUGUCAGAAGUCCCCAGUGCAGCAGACCCAAGAGACUCGGAGACGCCAGGAUUCACUGGGACUGUAUAUCACCCCAGCAGAGAGGAGACGGCAGCAGGAGGAGCGGAGGGAGAGACUUCAGGGCUGGGCUCACCGCAGGGAGACCAAGGCUCUCUGCUUCACUGUUCUUAACGCGGCCACACAGGCUGCAAACAGCUGCCGUGACAACAGCGGCCAAAGAGGAAAGAGGAGCCUGCGGCAGUGA